GCAACCCAAGUGAAGGAAAGGAACAGCGAACACGAUCCGAUUUCCAUCGCCAGGAAUGGAGGGCAGCGAGAUCAGGUGUAGGCAAGCAAGCGACUUAAGUGGGCUCUCCGAGAUGUCGAAAUUCUAAUCACCGUCCGCAAUCACCAACUUUUCUGUUGGCUUUCAUGAGUCGUGAGACUUUUUCGUCACGAUCUUUUCCUUUUUGGUAUUGCUGAUGGGUUUCUGUUCGAAUAGGGUUAGUUCGUGAUGGAUGACGGUAGCUUGUUGCGUUGGAGCUACAAACUAUUCUCAGAAGUGUGAGCAUAAGCUUGAAUGCUGUCCUGCUCUUGAUCCCGUUCUGAGUGGUGUGCAGGAGCUUCAUGACGGCCAUUGAGAGAAUUUUAGGGAAUCGUGGAAUAGAUAUUUGUUGAAGGUAGGAGGGUUUUGCGUGUGGAGGCGUAGAAGAGAAGGCCUGUGGUGAGUUUUUGAAAAUUUGAAGCUUUGAAGUUUGGAGGUGCGACCAUGGCAGACUCCGUAGGGAAGACGCCCACACUGCAGCUGGUGGAUGGCAAGGGCGGUUUUAAUACUGCAGGGCUGGAUGCAUUCGUUAAGAGCGUGAAGCUGGCAGAAUGCGGACUGUCCUAUGCGGUGGUGGCGAUCAUGGGGCCGCAGAGCUCCGGGAAGAGUACGCUGCUGAAUCAUUUGUUUAAUACGAGCUUCGUUGAGAUGGAUGCGUUCAAAGGGCGAAGCCAGACGACACAGGGAGUGUGGUUAGCAAGGGCGGAUGGGAUAGAUCCGUGCACUUUGGUGAUGGAUUUGGAGGGGACGGAUGGGCGGGAGAGGGGCGAAGAUGAUACCGCAUUUGAGAAGCAGAGCUCGUUAUUUGCGUUGGCUGUGUCUGACGUUGUGCUGAUCAACAUGUGGUGUCACGACAUCGGUCGCGAGCAAGCUGCGAACAAGCCGUUGUUGAAAACUGUGUUUCAGGUUAUGUUGCGUUUGUUCACGCCGCGGAAGACAACGUUGCUAUUUGUGAUCCGUGAUAAGACAAGGACGCCGAUCGAGACCUUGGAGCCGAUCUUGCGAGAGGACAUUCAGAAAAUCUGGGAUACGGUCCCCAAGCCAGCGAAUCACCAGCAUACGCCGUUGAGUGAGUUUUUCAACUUACAGGUCACCUCCUUAGCGAAUUAUGAGGAGAAGGAGGAGCAGUUCAAGCUGCAGGUGGCAGAGCUGCGUGAACGGUUUCAAAACUCGAUAGCUCCUGGAGGGUUGGCGGGCGAUCGGAGGGGCGUGGUGCCUGCGACGGGCUUUCCGUUUAGCACGCAAGAGAUAUGGCGCGUAAUCAAAGAAAACAAGGAUCUGGAUUUACCGGCGCAUAAGGUGAUGGUGGCCACCGUGAGGUGUGAAGAAAUUGCGCAUGAGAAAUUGAAAGGUUUGCUUGAUGAUGAGGAAUGGCGCAGUCUGGAAGAGAAAGCAAAGAACGAUGUGGUGGUAGGGUUUGGGAAGUUUGUGAACGAUGUGGUGGAGAAGUUUUUGCAAGCAUAUAACAUGGAAGCUGCCUUCUUUGAUGAAGGCGUGAGGACGUCCAAGCAGAACUUCUUGACGUCGAGGAUCUUGGAUGUUGUGCAACCUUCGUAUCAGCUAGUGAUAGGCCAUCACCGGGCGAAAGUUCUGAACUCCUUUAAGAUGAGUUUGGAUACUAAUCUUGAAUCUCAUUCCGACGAGGGAUUCGCUAACAUUGUGCGGUGGUGCUCAAAAGCAGCUUUGCUCGAGUUUGAACGUGGAUGUGCCGAUGCGGAAGUUGCUCGCUCAGGAUGGGACUCUUCUAAGGCGAAGGAGAAGCUGUUACGUGACAUCGAUACACACGCUCAGACUAAACGAAAGGAGAAGCUCGCUGAAGUGGUUUCUAUGUUCGAAAAUAAGUUGGAAGCUGCUCUUGAUGAACCUACAGCAUCGCUCUUGGACGCUGCAGCUCCUGAUACAUGGUCAGCCAUAAGCAGGCUAAUGGAGGCUGAAGUUAAAGAUGCUACAUCCAGAUUAUCAGACGCAAUUGUUGGCUUUGAGCCAUCUAAAGAGGAGGAGACGAAGAUGCGCGAUUUUUUAUCGAAAUUUGGACGGGGUGUUGUGGAGAAGAAGAGCAAAGAAGAAGCUUCUCAAGCUAUAAUUCGGAUGAAGCAAAGGUUUAUUAAUGUGUUCGGACACGAAGCAGAUAACAUGCCUAGAAUAUGGGGAGAAGAGCAUGACGUUCGUGCUAUCACACGAGAUGCAAGGUCUUCCUCCUUGAAGCUUCUUUCAGUAUUGGCUGCAAUUAGAUUGGAUGAGGACUCUCAAAAAAGUGAUUCAAUUGAGUCUUCUCUUAAACCGUUGUUGGGAGACCAACCAGAGACGGCUCUUCAAAGGACAAUAUCCAGAACUGUGUCGGGAAACAACACCGCCAUUGUCAGAGGCCAGUCCUCAGCAUUGCAUGCACUAUCUGUAGCUAUGUGGCCGGGAGUAUCUUCCAACGAUACCUUGAUCACCCCCGUGCAGUGCAAGAGUAUUUGGAGGCAAUUUCAAGCUGAAACAGAGUACACAAUUAGUCAGGCGAUGGCUGCCCAAGAGGCUGCGAAGCGAAACAAGUCAUGGUUACCUCCACCAUGGGCCCUCAUGGCGAUGGGUGUACUUGGAUUCAACGAAUUUAUGGCUCUUCUUCGAAAUCCUUUCUACCUCGUGCUAAUCUUUAUCGCCUACUUGGUGGGUAAGGCUGUUUGGGUUCAGUUAGACAUCACCCGAGAGUUUGAGCAUGGAUUUGUUCCCGGUUUGAUUUCCGUAUCAACAAAGUUGCUGCCCACUGUAAUGACUCUACUUAAGAAGCUUGCUGAUGAAGGCACACAAGGAGCAGCUUCAGCAAUGAACAACAAUGCCGUUCGCACCAAUGGGACUGAUAGAAUUAGGCACAGGGAAUUAGAUGACAUGUCUGCAGGGCAGGGGUCUGUAUCUAGCGGCCUCAGGGACGAUGAACCUCAGGCGAAUGGCAACCUUAGGCAGAGGCAUGCCCUGGGGUAAUGGGAGUUGUCUUAACAACUAUUGGAUUCUUUUCUUCUCAACAUUGGCGUAGUAUGGAGGCGUGGAUGUAAGACAUCUGAGUUUUUUCUUUGCUCUUGUGCACAAUUGUGCAAAUUCUGAGAGCGUGCUUAUUCAAAGGCUCUGAACAUUCUUUUCCAUAGAGCCGCAGAUUCUUAGCAGCUGGACAAUUUUCUGUAGUCUAGUUAGUCUAUCUAGAAGAGUAACGCAGUUUCUUUGUAUUAUGAAAAAUACGACGGCGGAGAUUGCGGUAUUAUCAGGUCACAGUGUGAGUUUAUUCCGUUAGACUCGCGUUGUUUGCUACAUUGUAUUUUGUGGAACCAUUAAACUGAUUAUGAAUACGUCAUUCAGGUCCA